CGAAGGGCAAGUAGUCGAGAUUGGAAUAAAUCUGUUUCAGAUGUUUUCAAUUAGUAACUCAACCUCGAUCAAUCUGUACAUCUUCAAUCCGUUUCCAAUCAAUGACAACGAUACUCGACGAGGUGUUGUAUACACUUAUAAAAUUCACAACGAGGAAUCGGCUAAGAGAGAAUCCAAAAGACUUCUCCAUCACUACGAACAGUUCAUGAAGAACUUCCACGGUUUAAAUGUGGUUAUCAGGGCUUACCAUGACGUCCUUUCAGUACAUAAUCGCUGGAAAGGCAUCGAGCAAUUCUUUUUGGAAGCUUUGAAAGAUACUUUGAAUUGUACGGUUGCGUUUGAAUACAGAGAUGUACCUUUCGACGCUUUCUAUCAGGGCACUGGAAAGGUGAAGAAAAAAAUGAUUGAUAUAUUGUUGAACAGAUACUAUAUGACAGGAAACUAUGGUGAGGUGGCCAUUGUAAGUCCGUUGAACUUCGAUGAGUUGUGCUUUAUCACAGGCGAAGAGCCCAGAGUGUUCCAGGGUGAUAAUCUCAAAAAAGUCUUCAGACCUUCUGUAUGGUUGAUGAUAUUUAUGACUACUGUUACUGCUAUUAUUCUUACAAGAGUGAUGACACUUCUGACUGGAGGACCUCUAAGAACAAUGCACAUAAUACAAUCGCUACUGUCAACAGGCAACGUGAACGUAAUAAUGCUGCAUCAGCGUAUUUUCUGGCUGAGCUGGAUGCUUUUCUCGUUCAUAAUAGCCUGCUCAUUUUCCAGUUUCAUCGUGACCAUGAUGACUGUGCCUGUAUACGGAAAAAAACUUAUGACAUUUGAUGAUAUAUUGAACUCUGGUAGAAUCAUCUAUCUCUACAAAUCGUACUCGGAUUCAGUUUGGACAAACACUUCUGGAAUCUUGCAAAAGAUUGUCGAGAAAUCCAUUCCAAACAGUGAUGAUUUCGUCAAACAGUACUGGAACUCUUUGAAAUUUAGGGAUAGUGUUAUAGCAACUGCCGCUUAUACCAGGAAGUUUUAUCAGUUUACACUACACAAAGAAGGCCUCAUGUUCUAUACGGUUCCGGAAUGCAUGGGAAGUUUUUUCACGGGAUAUAUCAUGCGCAAGAAAUCGAUACUUUUCUUCCCCAUUCGCAAUUUGAUAAUCAGUUUCAAAGAGUUUGGUUUCUAUAAGAAAUGGUACCAUAUGGCUGAACAUAUUGCCAGGUUGGAUCCUAUUCAACCUGAAGAAGAUAAAUUUCGGAAUGAACCACUCAAAAUUGAUGAUUUCAGGGUGAUUUUUUAUAUUUUGAUUGGUGGUUUAGUGAUCAGUUUCUUCAUUUUUCUUUUUGAACUACAGAGUUUAUGUGUGAAGAGGAGGAUGAGAUUGAGGAGAUUGAGGAAACUUUUAAGAAAUAGAGUAGGAGAGCUUUCUUGAAGGAGAUGUGGAAUAGUUUGAAAAUAUAAUACCACUAUCAUCUUUGCACUACUUCUACAUUCAUGAAAGUUGAUACGGUAAUAUGCAUGUGUGUCUUUUGAUACUAGUAUUGAUAACCAAACUGUAGGAACCUAUAUUAAACUUAUAUUGAAAUACAUAUUAGAAUAACUUUAUACCUUUCUUCUUCAUACACCACAGGUACUCGCGGUACACCAUUGUACUGAAAUAUUUGUAUGGCUAUGUAUAGCAGACUAUCAUGAAAUUCAAUAAUGCUAGGAACCUUUUGAAUUAAGAGAUUUUAAAUUCGAUAAUUGAUUUGAUAGAUACAACAUGAUUAAAAUACAAUAUAAUGUGGGCUAUUUCUAUUAUUAUUUUAGAUUGGAUUUCAACUGGGAAAAUUACAUCUAUAUUUCAUUU